AUGGUCGAGAGUCGAAGGGACGGCGGUCGAAACCCUACGACCUACGAUACCAUCCCCUUUAGCCGGGAUAGCUUUUUCGUCGAGCGCCCUAUCCUAGAUCUUAUUCUGCAGCGAACCUCCGAACUAGGGACGCGUAUCGGAGUUGUCGGGCUGGGAGGACUGGCGAUCGAAUAUGCCUAUCGUAUCCGAGACACAUAUCUAAAGCCAUGGGUUUUCUGGGUACACGCGAGCAGUGCAGUAAGAUUUGAAGAGAGUUAUCGACAAAUUGCCGCAUAUCUGCAACUGCCUGGGUGGAGCGAGCCCAAAAUGGACGUUCUGAGGUUGGUGCACGCGUUCCUAUCGGACGAGACCCACGGCCAGUGGAGGAUGGUUGUGGACAAUGCAGACACCGCCGAAGUCAUGUUUGAGUCAUCGCAUGACGGGAUGGACACCAAUAUAACAACACCGCCGACAGAACUCUCACUGUCCGAAUACCUUCCGCGGUCUGCUAAAGGGUCAAUCCUGAUUACAUCUCGCAGCCGAGAUGUUCUGGAGGGGAUGGAUUUGGUACGAAAGUUGGACUACAUGCCAUUGGCGAUCACGCAGGCGGCUGCAUACAUCAACCAACGAGCACCACGAAUCGACUUGUCUUGGUACAUUGAGAUGUUACAGAAGGAUAACAGCGAACGGAGCAGACUUCUACAGAAACAUAUUUCAGAUCCUCGACGAGAUAGGAAGGCGUCUAAUUCGAUCAUCAUAACGUGUAUGUUCGACCGCGAGGCCAUUCCUGAUUACCUCCUUCGGGGGCAAUAUACUAGUGCUCAUGACAGUGAAAUCGGCUUUGAGGAUGAUCUUGCGACUUUGAGAGCGUACAAUCUAAUCGGUAUCGACAUGAAAAAUCAUUUAUUCAAUAUGCACUCGCUCGUACAGCUCUCUACGAGAACAUGGCUUGAGAUACAUAAAGGAGGCCUUGAAAGGUGGCAAGAGCGAUAUAUUGAGGUCAUGGGUGCGGCUUUUCCCGAGGCGAAUUACGAUAACUAG